UCCGUGCUCGGUGGUGUAUUUGAACGGCCAGCCGCGGUCACACUGAAGCAAAAACAUUUUUGGCUCGGAGAACGAUUAACACAAGCGGACUGAAAUUUUUUUGUUUUAGUGUUGCGAAAAAGUUUGUGGGAUUUUUCUAAAAUCGCCGGAAAAUGUGAAAAAUAUAUGUCUAUGUGCAAUGUUAGAGCGGCAAACGGCGGCAUUAACAGCAGCAGCAGCAGCGGCAGCAAAAACAACAACAUCAACAGAAGCAGCAGCGCCAGCAACAAAAACAAAAACAACAACCGAAACACAACAAACCCAACAACAACAGCCAACAAUGUGAAUUGCUUAGUUUCCCCUUUUUAAUUGUAAAUGAAAACCGAAUCAAGUGCAGAUAAAAAAAUAAAUUAUAUUAAUUGUAUACACAAGCAUAUAUAAUAUAUAGUAAAAUAUAUUAUGUAUAUGUAAAGAAAAGCGGAGCCGAAAAAAGCCGCCAAAAACAAAAUAGCAGAUUAAAGAUGAAAGAAAGCGGAAUAAGGCGGAUUGCAAAGGAAGAGGAAGAGUGAGAAGAGAGAGAGAGAGAGAGCAAGCAAAACAACGACCGUUAAUUUUCGCUCAGUGGAGGCAGGCAGGCAACAACAAACAAACAAACAAGCAAACAACAAACAAACAAUAACAAUAACAACAUCGAGCCGCCCAGCCAAGGUCAACUUUUGGUGUUUUUGGGGCCCAACAACACAAAAUGCACGCGUGUGUCUGCUGCUGUUCGACAAACAACAAUUGCAACAACAACAACAAUAAUAUUAACAACAAGAACAACGACGGCAGCAGCAACAACAGCAGCAGCAACAAAAACAAACUGCAGCUAGGAGUUGUAGGAGAAGAAGAAUCCACCACACAGGCCAAGCGGAAGGAGGAAAGCAGGAAGCAGGCGAAGGAGCAGGAGGAGGAGCACCAGAGGAAGGAGGAGGAGAAGGAGCACCAGGAGAAGGUGGAGGAGUUGUCUGCUGGCCAAAGCGCCAGUGGCGGCGACAACGACAACGAUCUCAACGGCUCCGCAACGAGGAGGCGGUGGUGGCUGCGCGGUCCUCCAGGAUCAGCGGAAGCGGCAGACGAAGAAGGAGAAAGAGAGGGUGCAGCAGGAGGAGAAGGUGAAGGUGCAGCAGGAGCAGGUGCAGGAGGAGUGGGUGCGGGAGCGACGACGACAACAGCAGCGCGGUGGUGGUCUCCAUCUCCAACACAAUCUCCGCCAGGUGACGUUGCGGUGACGAUAGCGCCGGUGACGUUGUUGCUUUCGUUGCAGCGGCAACUAAUCGUUGGAGCAGCAACAACAGCAGCAGCAGCAGCAGCAGCAGCAGCAGCAACAUCCUUAGCAACAAACACCUCAGCAACAACAGCAACAACCUCCUCUAUCAAGUUGAAGAUCCCAAAACACCAAUACCAAAUCCCAAUCCUCGCCAGCCACGCCUUUUGAGUGCCUCUUUGUGUGUUGUGUAUUGUGCGUGUGCCCUGUGUUGCAGUGUCAAAAAAAAGAAAAGAAAACAAAAAAGGAGCAACAACAAAUCGUAAAUCUUUUAAAACACUAAACUAAACAAAUCUUCUGGCAACCUGUGCAACAACUGUCAAAAACAAAAAAAAAAAAGAAGAAAAUCAGCGAACCAAGCUUCU